AUGCACUCUUCAAGGGGCCUUUGCUUUCUGGCAGCGUUAGCGUUGGUGACGCUCUGCGCUCUUUUUGUGCUCCCCACGACCGACGCACAGGCCGAGCUAAUCGGUGCCGCGCCGUACAAACUGAAGGUGGAUUGCCCCGCGAAGCAUCUCACUGAGGAGAACUUUGAACAUGACACCCAGGCUUCUGGUGGCAUGACCAGCGGCAACUGGCUGAUCCUCUUUGUGCCAAGCAGCGAUGCUGCCACAACAGACCGUUAUUCCCAGCAGGUGGUGAACGAGAUCACCAGCUUUGACUCGUUUGUGCGGCUCUCGACUGAGGUGUUGAGCAUGUAUCAGGUACUACCAGCCUACGUUCUCUGCGACGAGAGCCCUGCUUUGUGUGCGCGGUUUAGUGUUGAGAAGUCGUCGGCGAAGCUCAUAAUUCUAAGUGCGCGGCGUAUGUAUCCAUACCCUGAGCAGCACAUCCGCUCCGUUACUGACAUGGAGCUCUUCGUCUCGGUCUUUCUCCGCAUGGAGAGCAGGGCCGUUCCGCCCCCACUGCCUGGUAUGACCAUCUGGAGGCAGCUCAUCUUGCUGCUCGGCGGUGCCAUCGGCAUUGCUCUCGUGUGGUCGUUUGCGCCGCGUCGCAUGAGCGCGCCGCUGCCACCGAGCUUGUCGUCCACCCACGUCAAAAUGGACUAG